AUGACUUUGAAAAUAAAAUAGUAUAUAAAGUUAACUUUCUUUUUCUAGUUUUUUUGGUUGCAGUCGAAACUGGAAGGGGAAAUCUUAAGCGCCAGAAGCAACGGCUGGAUUGACAUGGAAGACGACACUUUCGAUCCUGAUUUAGUUCACGCCAUUUUCAAGCUCGUUUGGAGCAAAAGAGCACUCGAGCGCGAGAAAAAUGAAGUAACUGAUGCUAUGGACUGCGAGGUAGGAGUUGGAACGUCCAAGAAAAUUCGGCCAACCUCUGCUAAUUCAAAUGCACUAAAGCUGAGUUGUGAACUUCUCCGUGUUUUUAUCUCAGAGGCUGUGCAGCGUGCUGCUACGAUUGCUGAAGCAGAGGGAGUUGAGAAGAUUGAAGCAACUCACUUAGAGAGGAUUCUCCCACAGUUACUGCUGGAUUUUUAAUUUUCAAUGGAGCUUCAACUUUCAUAUGGAAAUAAAAUAUAUGGUCAACUUAAAUGUGCUGAUAUUUUUUUAAUAUCCAGCAGUAUGUGAGUUCUAUCAAUUUUUGUCAAAUAGUUAACUGAACAAACAAGAAAUAAAAUAUGGACUUGUUUACUGCCAUGUGAUCUGAAAUUGAAUAAAUAUAUGUAAAGGUCGUGAUAUUAGUCAAACCUUCUGGUAUUAAUGUUC